CAUUCACGGCCUAAUACCUCGACCAACUGUUUCAUACUAAAGCCACUGCAUAACUACUUUCUGGCAUUUUAUUAUUUGAUCAUCUGCUAUUCCGCUUUAACAAUUAAUGCCAUACAAAGUAACAAUAAACGAUGUUACUUUGGUAUUUCGAUAAAUAGUACGAUAUUCUAGAGAAAUAAUUUUAGAAAUUGUUCUCACGCGAAAGCAAUAUAUUGAAGUUUUAUUUUAUCUUUAGAAAAGCUAUUUAUGAAACAAAAAUGGAAUAAAGGAAUUUAGCGGAGAAAAUAUUAGAAUUCGACAGGGUUUAAAUAGUUCGAGUGUGCAAAAUGGUUUCCAAGAAAUAUUCACUACUUGUAUGUGCCAGUUGCCUCCUGAUAUAUCUAGCUUUACUACUAUUCGAAACAGAAACACGGUCGAAAACCAAUUCGAGGGCCUCAUCAACAUCAUCUCCGUUUAUAAAUAUCGCAGGACUCUUCAAUAGCAUCGAAACCAAGAUGGCGGAUAAGGAUUCCAAAGUCCAAAACGUGCUAAUAUUAACGUACAUGCGCAGUGGCUCAAGUUUGACUGGCGAUAUCCUUCAACACAUUAAAGGAUCUUUCUACGUUUACGAACCAUUACAUCUGAUUGAAAAAGCCAUAACAUUUCAAUUAAAUAUGGCCAAACCUGAUGGCACUGUCAGACAACCUCCAUUUUCAUUCAACGAGGAAACUUAUAAUGCCUUGUACAAUUGGUUUACCUGCAACAUCAGCCGACUUGCCAAUAUUGGACUCAUGGACGGUUUUCUAAAUAAAGGUCUGAAGUCACGGAUGUUUCCCAUUUGUUACCGGAAGGAGAUGCAGAACGGAAAAGACCAGAAGUUGGCAAUACGCAUGUGCGCCAGAGAGCUACAGGGCAUAUGCGAAAACUCGCCUUUUAGAAUUAUCAAGACUAUUCGAAUACAGCUUCAGGAUAUAAGGAAUUUAUUGGAAGACUUACCAAAUCUAAAAAUAGUUCAUCUCGUGCGAGAUCCUCGCGCUACACUCUCGUCUCAGGCGAGUCUUGGUAUGUGUUCUUCAAGGAGGGGAGGUCAGCCUGGGUGCACUAAUAAAUUUUGUAAACGGUUAGAAAAUGACGUUUUGGCGGAGGAACGUUUGAUGAAAUUGUAUCCGAACAGAAUUAUGCCAGUCUUUUACGAAGACAUUGCGAAACAUCCGUUACAAACCUCAAAGAAAAUGUAUGACUUUAUAGGGGCCGAAUUUACUUUAGAGGCUGAGGCAUAUAUUUACAAUAUAACGAUGGCAGGACUUGCAAAUAAUUGUGUAAUAUGUACAACGCGUUCCAACUCUUCUGAGCACGUGGAUACUUGGAAAACGAAAAUGAAACCUGAAUUUAUAAAUAUCGUAAACGAACGGUGUAAUUAUGUCAUAAAACGUUACAAUUUUGAUGAAUUUCCGGUAACGUAAGCCGCCUUGCGUAUAAACUAUUGCUAUAUAAUAUGAUGCCUUAAUUUGUGUACGUUGUUUUAUUAAAAUGACAUCACUACCAUUGUGACACUGCUAUCUGUAUCCGUUGUCGUUAAAAUGUUACAGUCCUUUACGGAAAUAUUAUAGUUUGCCGCAAGCACUUGUUUCGAUCACUCUGCGAAUAUCAGGCGAACAUGCCGCGAACACUUUGAUGAAAUAGAUACAAUGAUCGCGGGAUGUUCGUUUGGUGCUUACUUUUCACAUGCAAAUUAGAUUUUCCGCGAACAAGUUGCUACGAACCCCCCGCGACACAAUUAGGACAAAACGUGUAACAUUUAAGACAACUAAUACUUAUAACGGUGGUAUAGGAGAUGGCACAAUGUUAUUUAACGAGUCUGGAGACUAAUCUCACGUUUCCAGCAUCUGAUUGCUUAAUUCAAAGUUCAAAUUUGAAAUUGAUCAUCGGCAGGCCUGGGCCUUUAGUCUGAAAUUGAUCAUCGGUAGACUGGUCCUCAAAUUAAGAUGUACAGCCUUGGAAUAAAGUAUCAGUAUUUUGAAUGCUUAGUGCGAAACUGCUAUAAAGGAGACACAACCGUUUCGCAUCAAGACUUUGAUGUUUAUCUCAGUAUUAUUAAGAUAAAAACCUCUUUAUAAAACAAUAGUAUGGUUCAAUGUUCAUAUUGGGUAUACAUGAGAUUUAAAUACACAUCUUGAUUACGAAAAAUACAAGUUUGUUGUAUUUCUUUUUGCAUUAAACCUGAUAACUACUUAAAAUACAGAGUACAUAUAUGUGUGUACUCUUAAAACUGUUUUCUUACCCUAUUACCUGGCAGAGACAACAAAGCAAUAUAGUUGCGGAAUGGCUAUAGUAACAUACAAAAAACGGCGGCUUAAAUAACUUGUAUCAGUUAAUAACUUAGCAUUAUACCGCACAUGAAAAAACUUAUAGUCUUAAAAGGAGACAUAUAAAAUAUUAAAUGUGUACAAUCAAGAGUAGACAUUUAGCAAAAGUGGCAAAAUACGAUUUCUUUGCCGUCGUCCUGUGUAAACAUUGUACGGGCAGAUGGGUGAAAUGUAUCUUUUUUGGCCGGAAAACAUGACGUAUUCAAUGGGUUUUUGUCUCAAAGGUUCUUGUGUGCGGUGCAAAGCCAAGGGAAAAACUGCAUGAAAGGAUACAUGACUGAACAGAGUAACAACACUGUGUAGUUAGCAACUGUGAUAAACUACUUCAAAUAUGUUCCCAUUUUUCCUAUACGUGACUGUAUUCAUAAUAUGUUCCCAUUUUUCCUAUACGAGACUGUAUUCAUAACAAUAGAAUUUAACGUGAGAAAAAACCAAUAGUUUUACUGUAAAUAUAUAGGAGUGACAUACCACGUUUGAUUGUGAUGCCAAUGGACAAUAGUAGAAACAUAUACACAUCGCUUACAAAUGGUAUUCAGUGACAGAUAUAUUUAUUUCAUCCAUAAGGAAUGAAUUGUUCUCUCAAUUCCCCGUUCAGCGUUACUUUGAUCGCGCGGUGAAUAGUUUCUAGCAUAUAGCCGUUUUAAUAUUAAUAUUGUGAUAGUCAGUGAAACUAUAGCGCCUAAUUUUUGCCAUGUCGAAUUUUAAUGACGGCGGAGCACGCCAACAUGACAACUCGAAUGAUUUCACACGAAAUAAUGAUAAAUAAAGUUAAAUAAAAAGUGUCUGACAUGUUUUCAUAUGGUUGGCUAAAACACAUGUCGUCCUGGCAUAGUGUCGUAUUGCAGACACACACAUAUCGACUAUCAAAUUACAAGGAAAAAAGGUCAAUCUUUUCGCAAGUUUAGGUCAACGUUUGGGCAGCAAAUUCGCAAAAGUUAUAUAAUUUAAACAUUUUGAAAUAUUAGUUUCGGAAAAACAUUGAUUGAUCAACUGAGAUAAAAUGUAAAUAUUAAACAGACUUUAAAUUGAUUUUAAAUCAACUGUACAAGGACUACUUCACGAUCUCUGAAACUUUAGCUGCACAACAACAACACACGACUUAAAAAUCGACCUGAAGUAUAAUCAACAAUUUUCUUUGAAGGAUCGUGUCAGAACAUUUUUUUAAAAAACAAACGAUAGUAAAUUGCUAGUUCAAUCAGCAUCAUUAAAUAUGUUAUGAGAUUGUCCAUGGACCACUGCACGUGGGCUAGAACUAUAUAUUUUGGUAAAAUCAAUCAUUAGAAACCAUUGAUUAUUUUUAAAAAGACAACAUAUUUAUAGGCAUGUUUUGUAUGUAAGUUAACAGUUUCUUUAACAGCUGGUGUUUUCACAAUGCCCUCCAUGUACUUGUUUUUACAGUGAAAGAUAUUUGAUACAACCACACGAAAUUGUUUGGGAUUACACUAUAUCAUGGCAGAAUCCCAUAAAAAGGUUACACAUUAAUUAUCAGAGCUGAAAUCUUAAUCAACUGUAUGGGAAUACAAUGAUAGAGAAAUAGAAGCUACAUCGCAGGUGUUACUUUGUCUGGUAAUUAAUUACAUAAAGAAUGAAAUAUGAUUAAUUUUCAAUAUCGGGUUGCUAUUAUUGCCAAAAGUACCUUUUAAAUGAGAUAUUGCAUGCAUUACCCCCGUCAAAAGCUAGAAAAUUGAAGCUACAAUAAUUACUCACUUAGUUCUAUAAACAUCAUCAAUAACUAACUGAAUAUGAAUGCCUAUAUCCCGCGAGUGAAAAAAUAUCAUUUUGUUUUCGAAUCUACAGGACAGGUUCUUCAGUUCAUUACACUUCAUAAUUAAACUUAAGUAACGUUUUAAUGUACCUUCAAACAAUGAGAAAUUAACAUUUUUACAAUUAUACAAAAUAAAACAAUUCACGAAAAAAAUUAUUUCUUUUUUCCCUCAUUAUAAAAGACAAGAAAGACCUAAGGUGACUUCUUACUAUUAAUCAUUCUAAAAUGAAAAAUUCAGCUCUUCUUGCCUGUGUUAAGAUUCCUGUUAUUUGCAAGACAGCAUUUUUACACUGAUUUUUCAUUUCCAUGGCAACAUCUAUCGGCUACGAAACUCGAUUUAAACAGGUGAAAUGUUACCUAUAUUACUGAUAUUUCUGGAACCAUGGAAACAUUUAAAAACCAUUGUUUAUGUAUACCUGUGUACUCUAGUUCCUAAUGCCAGUAUGGUUAAUAAACAUGUAAACAUUUGUAAAGGUAUGUUCCCUUUCUCGACCUAGCAACUCUGAUUAUUUCUAUAUAUGAGCUGGUACCUCAAUAGCCACUUGUGAGAAUUGAUUAAACCAAGUGACAUGCAAUGCACAGGUUCCAUCACUCUUUUUGCUUUUUUCUUAAAGUUACGCUCUUUUCAUUUCGACUGUCCGCUGUGUUUGCAUUAGUCUUUGUUU